ACAAGCAGGCACUGAUGAUGGCUUCAUCACAAAGUUGUAGCUGUCGAUUGUUAAAUAUGUUUUUGUUUCUUGCUGUCCAGAUCGCCCAUAUUAUCCUAGGAAACAAAGGUUCCUCUCCCAUGCCAGUUGGUGGAAGGAAACACAGAACAUCGAAUCUUUUUCUCCCACCACCGAUCACCACCACCACCGCCACCGGAGACGGAGUUAUGGAUUCUCAAGCCCAAGUGUUUAGAUCGGAGUUCCUUUGUGUUCUCCUAAGUCGACGAUCUCCCGAAGUUCCACUAAUGGUGGAUUAUUCGAAUCCUGUCGAGAACCCUCUCUUUCAAUCCGAUGUUCCAUCUACAGAAGCAAUAGAGUCUUGUCCAAAAGAAGACAUUGGUGACUUGAAAGAGAUGCUUAAAGAAGAAAACCUUCAUCUCCACACUGAGGAUGCAGAGCAAGGGAGAUUGCCUUUGCUUAUAUUAAGCCUGAAGAAGAGCAGUGAAGAAAGAAGGCCAGCGAUUGUGUUUAUGCACGGCACAAACACAAACAAAGAAUGGUUGAGACCAUGGCUCGAAGCAUAUGCUUCAAGGGGAUAUGUAGCCAUCGGUUUAGACUCUCGCUACCACGGGGAACGCGCUUACAUCUGCAAAACUGCAUAUAAUGAUGCUCUUAUAUCAUCUUGGAAAAAUGGAAACACAAUGCCUUUUAUCUUUGAUACUGUUUGGGAUUUGAUCAAACUAGCUGAAUAUCUUAUUAAGAGGGAUGAUAUAGACCCAAAAAGGAUAGGAAUCACCGGCAUUUCGCUAGGAGGGAUGCAUGCUUGGUUCGCUGCUGCAGCUGACACCCGCUAUUCCGUGGCUGUCCCUUUAAUCGGUGUUCAGGGAUUUAGAUGGGCAAUAGACAAUGAUGAGUGGGAAGCAAGAGUCAACAGUAUAAAACCUUUAUUUGAAGAAGCAAGGAUUGAUCUGGGAAAGAGUGUAAUCGACAAAGAAGUAGUCGACAAGGUGUGGAACAGAAUAGCUCCUGGACUAGCUUCUAAGUUUGACUCACCUUACUCAUUACCAGUGAUUGCUCCACGGCCUCUUUACAUCCUUAACGGUGCAAAAGAUCCUCGCUGCCCUCUUGGCGGACUAGAAGUUCCUUUAAAGAGAGCUGAGAAGGCUUAUAAAGAUACUGGUUCUCCUGGAAAUGUUAAGUUCAAAGCAGAAGAUGGAGUUGGACACGAAGUGACGAGUUUUAUGAUCAAAGAGUCAUCAGACUGGUUUGACAAAUUCCUUAAAUAAACCGGUGGACAUGACAUUUCCAAUUGUAAUAUUGGUAAAAUUGUAAACUAAUAAGAAGAAGAAACAUCUCCUUGUAAACUGAAAUAAUGUAUUCACUUCUCCCAAAUCAUUAUCAUUACAAAAGCAAAGAGUAUCAUCC